UUGAUCGGCCGUGAUGGUACCUGCAGACCUCAGCCUGCUGGUUCCGGUCCUGUUGCCUCUCCCGAUACUAUCGAGGGCUUCUUCGCCAUUCCCGAGCUUCAGACUCUCUCAGCCAACGCUCCUACACCGGAUGGUUACACUGCUGCCUUCACUGGCCUGAACGCUUCGCUCAAUGCCAACAAGUACAUGGGUCUCUGGACUCUAACCUCAUACGACACUAUCGGUUGUGCCUCUCUUUGCGACAAGACCUCUGGUUGUGAGGCCUUCAACAUGUACAGCGAGCGUGACCCUACCCUUGACCCUAACAACACCAACUGCCCGAACCCUCAAAGUCUUACCAACUACAAGUGCACGCUGUGGGGCGCUGGUGUUUCUUCCUCUCAAGCAAAGAACUUUGGCCAGUGGCGUGAUCAGUUCCAAGUAGUCAUUACUGGCUCGAAUGCUUACAACAAGGUGCCUGCUCCUAGCGCCAUUGAUGGUUACGACGGCCCUACACAAUUGGGCGGUGCCAUCAACGCACCCCUCGACAGCAACCGCCACGACACCUACAUGGGUGUUCGCGUCCAGCCCUUCGGCGAGGACCAGACAUACGACCCUAGCGUUUGUGCCACUGCCUGCACUUCUCAAACUGCCUACAACAAGGCUCACCCUGCCAGCGAUGGCUCAUACCAGACCUGCCGCUUCUUCAACUCUUGGAUCCAGAGCAAGGAUGGUGUUGCCUAUGAGCAGCACUGUGGUCUUUACAACCAGACCUGGUCUCCUCAAUAUGCUACCAACUAUGGCCAGUACCAGGGUAACAGCCGCAUCACUGUCUCAAGAUCCUACAGCUACACU